AUGGACCGUCUACCGCCGGAGAUACUGCGACUGAUUUGCAUCUAUGCUCGGGAACAUGACACCAACGACCUGGCCACUCUGCGUCGCGUCAGUCGCAUCUUGCUGCAGGCGUCAACACCAGUGCUGUUUGAGAACCUCACUAUCACGCUAAAUAACGGUAUCGACACACAACAGCUUCUUUCGGAAUUCCACGACUCGGGCUACGGCGCCCUAUACCUCGAACACGCUCGGACCCUUGACCUGAUCUGUCUGCGGGACUUGGUUUGUUUCGACGCCCGUAAAAUCUCCGAAUCUGUCAAGGACAUGCGCGCGAACGUAUUUGGUCACAUUCCACGGGUCGCUCUUCCCUUCUUCCUGGAGGGAUACUUCCUGCUGGGCGUCACUCCGGCAUCCCGUUUCGAACCUUAUGCAUGGCGCUGGGCCUUCGAUGCAUUCUGGAAAGAGGAUUGGCAGCCAGUGGCGACCCUUGUAUCUCGUCUUAAAUGCUUGAUGCAGUUCAACUAUGCGCCAUUAAACCGGUUUCCGAUGCCUCUACACGAAGCACUUGCCAAAUACCAUCCUAGCUGCACGUUGAACAUCUGGCAGGGGGCUACGCCGCUCAUGGACCCUCCACUCCAUCAGCAGACAUUUCUCAACACAAACCCUCUUCUGGAUUCGCUUCCGCGCAUGGAUGAGUACUGCCUCUCUAGCCUUCGGAGCUGUACAGCACUGUGUCCCGCCAACUCGAAGAAGAAGGUUACUGCGCCGGUACCGAAGGCCUACAUGAUCCGACACCUGUCACACCUCGCCGCAUGCCGCAACCUUCGACACCUUGAGGUUCGCCUGGAUAGUCGCUGGGGUACAUAUGAAGAAAUAGUUAUGGGGAACGAAAAGUGGGCGCUUUCUCCCCCAGAAGCGAGGGCCAAGCUAGAAUCUCUCACGAUCUCAAGCUCUGGUCCUCGUGAGGAAAUCCUGAUGGAUUUAACCAGUAUCUUUGACCUCUCAACGCUCAAGUCGCUCGAUUUCCAUAUCUACGAGCAUCCAGAUCUCUUACGGGAAAUGGCACCACGUCUAUCAAGUCUCCAGCGGCUCUUCAUCUCUCUCGACACUUAUCUAGGCCGGGAACCAGACAUUUCAGUCGAUAACCAAAGCAUUGUAGAGGCCAUUGUGGCCUUCCGCCCAUUGCAAUACCUUUGUCUUCGAGGAGUCCGCAAUGUGGCAACCCUCCACUCGAUUCUUGAAUACCACGGGCCCUCGCUCGAGGGCCUCCUGAUUGAGUCCACAACAAGAAGCCGUGGGGGACGAGUGAUUGACAACUACUUCAAGUACCCGGCAAUGACACCUGCGGAUGUCCGACGGAUCGAAGAGUGUACCCCGCUGCUUCGCGAGCUUCGACUUCCGCUUAAACGCACCAAGGGCGACAGAGACGAAUGCGCCAUGUACAAAGCCAUUGGAUCCUUCAGCAGUCUCCGCUCUCUCCUUCUAGACCUCCACUACGACAACCGCACCCCUUCAAUAUAUCAGAAUCAUCGCCCCGAUCCCAUCGAGCUCCGGGAAAUCCUCAUCAACGCCGCAACAGAUAGCGACCUCGCCCAAAGCAUCUGGAACCUGAUCUUCAAGAACCAGUCCAGCAAGGCCCUUCGUAAUCUCACCGUCCGCCCCUUUGGCUCCGAAGUCUUCAGCAUGCCCGAGGCGUAUCUUCCCAUGACCGUCGGGCAGACCUUCCUGGUGGCGCGGCCGGUGUUUGACGCCUUCGAGCCACUGCAGAUCAAGAGAAUUGCCAAGGGUGCGUACGAGUUAGAGGUCGAGCACCGGCUGAUGGAAGGAGACGGUCCCAAUCCCAGGCGAGGGCUACCGCGUAAGCUAAGGGAAGCGGUUGAUGCGCUUUGGCCUGGGUCAGGGAAAUGGGAGUCGCGUUGGAAGAGUUUUCCGCUCGAGGAGGGUGACGACUAUGAGGGGGCGCGGUAG